UAGUUUGGUCGCAGUCGUGAUCUCGAGAAGUUACUUUCGCGGUACGGUUUCCCCGGUUUUCCCGUGAAUUUCCCGACUCGUAGGGAAUCUCGUGUUUUCAGCUCUGUGACAAGAAACAGGAUGUCGAUGGCAGUGCACUAAAAUUCAAGGCUCGAGGGAGGACUCAAGUCUCUACUGAUUUGCAUCAUCAAGGAAUCUGCCGAGUUACACUCGUGGAUCAUGAAAAUGGUGUUGUCUCAACGUCAGAGGGAGGAGUUAAAUAAGGCGAUCGCAGACUACCUGAGCGCGAAUGGCUACCAGGAUGCGUUGGAAGCGUUUAAGAAGGAGGCUGAUAUGCCAGGUGAAGUUGAGCGCAAAUAUGGUGGUCUCCUCGAAAAGAAAUGGACCUCCGUAAUCCGACUACAGAAAAAGGUAAUGGAACUAGAAUCUAAACUUUCCGAGGCCGAGAAGGAAUUCAUCGAAGGAGCUCCAACCCGAGGAAAGAGAUCCUCUUCCGAGUGGAUUCCAAGGCCGCCCGAAAAAUUCUCUCUCACUGGCCAUAGAGCCACCAUUAACAGAGUCAUCUUUCAUCCCGUUUUCAGCCUCGUCGUCUCCGCCAGUGAAGAUGCCACAAUCAAGGUGUGGGAUUUUGAGAGUGGAGAGUUCGAGCGAACACUGAAAGGACACACGGACAGCGUACAGGAUAUCGCUUUCGACGCAACGGGAAAGCUGCUAGUCUCCUGUAGUUCUGACAUGUCGAUAAAGCUCUGGGAUUUCAGUCAAUCGUUCUCCUGCAUUAAGACAAUGCACGGCCACGAUCAUAAUGUGGCCUCGGUGACGUUUAUGCCCCAGGGUGACUUUAUCGUCAGUGCCUCGCGCGACAAGACUAUCAAGAUUUGGGAGGUCGCGACCGGCUACUGCGUGAAAACUCUCAUUGGACACAGAGAAUGGGUCAGGAUGGCGAGAAUCAGCCCCUGCGGAGAAUUAAUUGCGAGUUGCUCCAACGAUCAGACUGUCAGGAUCUGGUCUGUCGCCAACAAGGAAACAAAGGUGGAGCUUAGGGAUCACGAUCACGUGGUCGAGUGUAUCGCCUGGGCACCGGAUUGUGCGAGGGCGCCAAUAAAUGCGGCCGCUGGCGCUGAUAACAAAGGUGCACACGAAGGUCCUUUCCUCGCCUCUGGAUCUCGAGACAAAUCCAUCCGCGUUUGGGACGUGGGCGCAGGAGUCUGUCUUUUCACUCUAAUUGGACACGAUAACUGGGUUCGCAGUAUCGUUUUUCAUCCCGGCGGCAAAUUCAUCGUCAGCGCCUCCGACGAUAAAACGUUACGGGUAUGGGACAUCCGCAACAAACGGGCCAUGAAGACCCUCGAGGCUCAUGUACACUUUUGCACUUCUGUCGAUUUUCACAGAAGUCAUCCGUAUGUUGUGACCGGGAGCGUGGACCAGUCGAUAAAAGUUUGGGAGUGUCGCUAGUCAGCGGAUUUUCGAGUUUCCAAUCGAAAGUCACGAGAAGAAAAUUUUUCGAGUCUUCGCGCAACGCGAAAUUGGAAAAGAGACGCGUUUUUUUCCGGUUAGAAAUGGCCGAACGAGAGUAAGCUACUGCAAAAAAGCUAUCGUACAUAUAAAAAAUAUAAUUAUUAUAAUUAUUAUACACACCUAUACACGUACGGUUAAGAGCUCUUUAAUUAAUUUAUAAUAAAGUAUAAUUAGUAAUUAAUAUUAUACAUAUAAUGCAUAUAUACCGACAAAAAUAUUAUCGUUUCACGAUAACGGAUUACACUGGACUUCGAGACAAGAACACUUUUUUUUUUCUUUUUUUUUCUUUUUCUUUCCUUUUUGUUUCGCGAGGAUGUUUUCCCACCUCCGAAGCCAUUUUUUCUUCACCUCUGGAUUUGUUCCAAUCGUUGUAAAUAAUAUAUUAAAAAAAAAAAAAAAAAAAAAGAGAGAGAACACGACAAAACCAGCAAUCGACACUUUCGUAUUGUCGAAAACGUCCUCGACGAAUUUAAACAGGGGAAUUUUUCAAACUGAAAAUGUGACGUUGCAAUAUAUAAUCACUGCGGUGCAAUGAUUCUUAUUUAUACGGAAGCUAUAAUCUUAAUUUUGUACUCGGAAUCCUUGAAAAAAAAAAAAACUAAUCGAGAAUCGUUAAGGAAUUAAUGAGAAAGUUCUUUCUGACAUUAUUUAUACUUUGAAUAAUUCGAUUCGGAUUUUUCUCGGGGGAUUCGAGAUUCGUCGCAAUAAUAUCUGUAUUUCCUGUACAGGAUGGUAAUUUGUGGUUUCUGAACGAAAAAAAUAGGCAACGAGCGUUUUGUUAAUAAAAAUAUUUUUUUUUUUUCGUUACUUCUUUCUCUUUUUGGCAGAAAAGAGUUUGCAGAGGUUGGCAAAUCUGUAAUUUCAGGCCUCGUUCUUGUUCUUUUUUUUUCCUAAUUUGAAAUCUAUUUUACAUUCUCAUUUUCUUUUGAGUUUUCUCGGCGACGAUUAUUAUAAUAACGAGCUCCUCCCGUAUUUAAAACGAAGGUGACGUGAGAAGCUUUUUUGCAACAUUCACCAUCAGUCAGUACACGUGGGAACUACUUUGCCGACUAAUGAUAAAACUGCAAUCUUAUUAAACAACUGUUGGUAAAGUAGGAAUUAAAUCUGAUUUAUCUGCUGUUGAUGUUGCAGGCCUCUGCCUUAUCUACUGAUGGGAAAUUGUAAAUAAUUUAGUUUUGUAAUUAAUUUUUACGAGCUUGCAUUUUAACUUUGUUUCUUUCUCUCUCUCGCGCGUUUUUGUUUUCUUUUUGACAAUUUAGUUUUCGCGUUUUUUCAUCAUCGGCCACGAAUUAUGAAACACCCUGUAUAUAUCGAAGUACACACAAAAUAUGUACAUACACGCAUAUAUUGUAAGCGAAGAGAACGAAGUUGCAGAGAAGAGUUUCCGAUUUGCUUUUUUCAAGAGGCGCGCGUCUUGCAAUCUUUUCUCAAUCAAAUUUCGCAGGCAAAGUUGGGAGACUUUUUUCUUCUUUUCUUUCUUUCUUUUUUUUUUUAACCAGAUACAACCUUUUUCCGGACAAUCCUAGGAAUUUUCUGUUAUUUCGGGUGCUACUUGAAAAAGACUGAAACUCGAGACAUGUUUAAAAAUUGAGAUUUUUCGCUUUUUUUUUGUUUUUUUUUUUUUUUUUAAUUGAAAUUGGGAGAAUAAAAUAAAUAAAUUCAGGUAACAACUUUUGUGGUAAAAUCUGAUUAAGAAAGAUUUGAUCGCGCCUUGAAAAUAAAAUAUAAAAAAUAUUAAUAAGUACCCCCUAGCUGACUAGCAAAUGCAAAAUCUGUAGCCCGCUGCAACUGUAAACCUUAAAGAUUAAAAAAAACAACAAUUUGUUAAAUGUAUCGCGUACGCAUAUGCAAAGUGUAGUGCAUGUAGCUUUUUUCGAAUGGGGUCUGAGACGUAAGAUUUAGGUACACACAACUCUUAACUAGCGAUAGUCGCAUAAGUAGUGUGUAGAGAAC